AUGAAAGGUGUUCCUUUGAGAAUUGAAAUCGGUCCAAGAGAUUUGGAAAAGAAUCAGGUGAGGAUGGUUAGGCGUGACACUGGAGUAAAAAUGGAUGUGAUGAGAGGAAGCUUGGUUGAAAGAGUUAAGCACUUGAUGGAAGAAAUACAGAGAGAUCUCUAUGUUGUGGCGAAGAGAAAGCUUGAAGAGAGGAUUCAAAGGGUUGAAACUUGGGAUGAGUUUAAGGAAGCUCUGAGAAAUAAGAAGCUAGUUUUAGCUCCAUGGUGUGAUGAAGUUGAGGUGGAGAAUGAUGUGAAAGAGAAUACUAAAGGUGAAAACGAAGCAGGAGCUAAGACCCUAUGUGCUUCCUUUGAGCAGCCUGAACUAAGCAAAGACACUCUGUGCUUUGCAGCAGGAAAACCAGCCAAGAAGUGGACAUAUUGGGGAAGAAGUUACUGA